UGGAAAUGUGUAUCUCUGGGCUCUUACGCUUCUGAGUUUUAACUUUCAUAUUCCGCCUACGAUUCUAAUGAGGAACCGGAUCAAUUUAUCAAAACACUUUUGAAUGAAAAAGCGCGUUUCUGACAAUUUUAUCUACACUUGGGUGUUAGAAAGUUCAAGAGAGAGAAGAAAAUGAGAUCUUAAACUAUAAAACGCAUCUCUUCUUUCGAUCUCAUUCUCUUCUUUUCUUUACUUUUCCUUCUGCUAUCAAUUUGAUUUAUCAAAACAUUUGUGGCUUUUGAAUAUGACGUCUACCAGUGUGAUCGAAUUUGUUCAGGAUCAAGAACAAGAGCCAUUAGAUAGCCAUCUUCUAAUGAAAGCUACCGCAAGCCAUCACAGCUCUUGUAGUAGUAGCUCUAGCAAUAGUAGUAAUAGUACGGCAGUAGAGAGAAAAAGAGACAAUCCGGCUGCCUGUAUCUUUGUUGCAAGUUUGAAUAAAGAUAUUGAGGAUGAUGAGUUGCAGCAAGCUGUUUACGCCCAUUUCCAGCGAUGGGGUGAUUUACUAGGUGUCAAAGUGUUUAAAGAUUGGUUGGGUAGACCCUAUGCGUUUGUACAGUAUGAGUCUGUGUCAGAUAGUAGGGUCGCUUUAAAAGAAGCCCCUGGUACUAUUUUAAAUGGUAGAAGUGUGCGUUGUGAACCUGCUAGAGUCAAUCGGUCCAUAUGUCUUGUCUCUUUGAGUCAACCAUUCAACAAGAAGUAUAUUCAAGAGUCUUUGGUUGAAUUUGGUGAAAUCGAAGAUGUUUCUGUAUUGCAACCACAUGGAAAGUUUUACUCUGUCUUUAUCAAGUAUAAGUACCGUGAUGAUGCGAUCAAAGCCUUUCUGACCUUGAAAUAUGCUGACCAUCUUAGUUUCCAACUGGUUACCGCUGCAAAUGAAGAACAACAAUGGUUCGUAGAAUGGGCUUCUAAUCUAGAUGCAAGCAACCUACAUGGUUUUUACGGUGGCGUUGCUGCUGCCCAUGAUGCUUAUGGUUCCGUUUAUAGUCGAUUGGACAAAUCAAGUAUCUUUAUUGGUAACCUUCCAGAUAACUUAACAGAAGAGCAGCUGAGGACAAAAUUUGAGCAAUACGGUAGCAUUAAACGUAUACAUAUCAUACGCAAGCCUAGUUAUCAUUCCCGUGAGCAAAUGCGUUGCAGUAACAGCAACAAUAACGGUAGUCAAAACCGCAGCGACUACUCCCGCAAGUAUACAAAUAGUGUUGAGACGAGCUCGAAUAAAGUUUUUGCGUUUAUCAAAUAUCGCAACGAGCAACAGGCCUCUAAUGCCAUUGACCAAGAGAAUGGCAAUCUGUAUAGAGAAAGAAUUCUUCGUGUUUGCUACCGUCAGUUUUAUCCCAGCAAUAACAAUCGGUACCUCUACCAGCAGUCUCAAACUACAAAUAGACAUCCAAACAUGAUACCGUACUAUCCUCCCCAGCAGCAUCCUCAGCAAACCCAGCAUACUGCGUCCUCUGCAGCUGUGGAUGGCUCAGUGGCACCAGCACUAGGAGCUGUUUAUCAGGUGACGGGUAUUGGCUAUUAUGAUAUGUCGAUGUUUCAAAAUAAGCAGCAGCGGCAUCAACAGGUAACGUCAGCGGAAGAAGAAGAAUACCCUUUCCCUGCUCCAUAUAUGUUUUAUCCAUUUACAAAUCACGGUGCGUAUACGUACGAACCCUAUAUCAUGACUGCAAGCAGUCCAGCCAUGACCACCACUGCUGAUAAUUACACCGAUGGCUAUAGUGCAAUGAAUAGUCAAAAGGUUACUUCUCCUACUACAGAAAACCUUCAGGACUACUAUCACCGUGCUGAUUUCAAUGGACAAGGAUUUUCUUUCCCGUCUGUGAUGGAAUGUAGUCCCCUGCCACCUUAUACAACUCAUAACGAACAUUUCAACGAUAGUGCUAAUUAUGGUAAUAAGGACCAAUAUUAUACUAACAGUUUUAGCUCAAUUCCAGCACCACCAACAAUAAACAGCGGCAGACCCUACUAUGGCUAUAACGGUACUGCUGUUAUAGCAUCUUCUGCAUCUCCAUACUACAGUCAUCCACACUGUAAUAGUAGUGCUGCUGACAGUUACUUGGAACCUCACCCUACUGUUAUUUAUUACGCGUACACAUCCCCUCCACCUUCAACAGCCUACCCUUACCAACGUCACCGUCAGCAACAAUACCGUAAUUCUAGCACUCACAAGACUCAUUACAGCAAUAGUCAUACUUCAGCUUAUCAACAUAAAAAAGGGGAUGAGAAAAGCUCUUCUACUACCUCUACUAUUCCCAAAUCAGGUGCAACUGGUGGCAGUAGCGGUGACAAAAGUACCGAUGCUGCAAGUACCACUACAAAUACUCCUACUAGUACAAGCAACCCCAUAAAUCUGAAGAAAGAGAAUGAUUAAUGCAGCUGGUGCAACGUCGAGACCAGC